AUGAAUAGAGUAGAAACUGUAAAAAUCGGAGAAAAAGUCUAUCCAGUCAACGAAGUCAAAGCUCUUGCAGAGCAGCUUGGAAUGGACUAUGAAAAUGAAGGCCCAAAAUAUGAAGAUUUUUUAGCAAAUGCUCUAUAUGCCUUAUUACCAGUUGGCUGAAGACGUGAAAGAGACCCAUCAGGUAGGAUUUUAUACCAUAACGACUAUACAAACGUGACUACAGAAAUUCACCCACUUUUAUACCAAUUUCGCAGGGCCUUUCAAAAAAUCUCAACUGAUAAGCUGCCUUCUUCUUCAUCUCCUCAUCGCAAAGAGUCGAAUUUUACAAUAAAAAGGCAAGAAGCAAACUGUGAAGAAACUUUAUGAUCAUCUCAAGUAGAAUCAAAUAUGAUCCGAGCUUUAGCUGAAAAAAAUUUAAUCGAACAAAAAAAUGCAAGCACUCCUAAUGAAAUUGCAUUAAAACAAGCUAACGAAUUUUAUGAUAUCAUGAUGGGAGAUUGUGAUGUUAAGCCUCCUGAAGCCAUUGUUGAUAGCAUUGAUUAUCAACUUGUCAACCCUAAGCAAAUGUAUGAGAGAGCAAAACUCCUUGGAAUUGAUGAUGAUACAAAUUUGUAUUGAAUUGCUAGGCUUUCACUAAUGCUUCCGCUGCCACCGUUGUGGAAGGUGACUAAAGAUGAUAUUGGAAACGAUCUUUAUAUGAACAUCGAAGGAACCACGAUGACUAAAACACACCCAGGAUCAUUUUUUAUAUCAAAGUUAAUUGCGAAAGCAAGGGUGAAGUCUUCAAGUGAAAAAGCAUCUUCAAUGGUUUUUCAUGAUAAAAAAAGCAGAAAAUAUAUAGUGAAUUUAAAUAAAUUGCAAAACGGAGAAGAUAUAAUUAGCUAUCAGGCUGAAAACUCUUCACCAAAAUUUCUUGCUCAUAUGAAAUAUUUCCAGCCUAGGAUGUCAGUUCAGGAAGUACUGGAUGAUAUUAUGAUACUAGAAAUUGCUCAGGACUCUGGAAUCAAUCUAGACAAAGAGCUGCAUUUAAUUGGACUUGUUUUUGAUUUUAUGGACAAUAUAAAGAUACAAGGACUAUUCCACGGGUGGGAAUUUCGAUAUACCAUGCAAGGCCACAAAUAUUGAUAUCACGGGAAACAAAGGAGAUCCUGCAAGUUUUUCCCUUACAAAGAUUCAUUAGCUAAACACAUAAGAGCAGCUAGGAAAGAAGCUAUCUUAAGGUCUCGUGAUAAAGUGUUAGCAAUUCUAGAUAGACAUAAAUUAUUCUGACUCAAAGGCAAAGAUUUUUUUUUGAAAAUAAGGAAAGACGCACUUAAUAUCAUAAAUCUCUUAAUAGCAAGAAACGUUGACCAAGAAAACCCAGAAGUGAAUUACGAUUUACGUAGCAUUUCUCAGAAAUUAGAAAAAGCAUUAACUGAAAAUGAAAUGUUGGAUCUUUUAUUUGCAUCACCUUUUAUUUUUGAUAUUGCAAAAAUAGAAGAAGAGUUACCUAAACUUGAGAUUGACUCAGAUAUAAGCUGGGUUACGAAUUCUGAGACUUUUUCUGAUAUUUCGUUAGAAGAUAUAAACGAAGCAGAGGAUCCUGCAGAAGCUGAAGAGGCAAGCAAUUUCAGAAAAGAAUGAAUAGAAAGAUCGAAAAAGCGAAAAAAAGAAUUAAAAGCAUUAAGAGCUUCUAAGGUUGGAAAAGCUCCAAGAAGCAUGCAAUCACCUUUAAUAAGUGCCCCAGAGUCAAUAAAAUCUGAUUACACAGAGCUUCAGCCAGAGCUAAGAAACAUAAUGGACUUAGAAGAUGAAGACGAUGAAGAGUUAAGACGAUUAACUGAAAGUUUGAAUAGAAAAGUAGGAAAAAUCGAUAGUCAAAUAAUAAGUCCUGCCAGCUCAGUUACCUCUUUAAAAAAAGAUUCCCCAUCCAAGCUACUAGAUUUACAAGUCCUUCUGAAGCCUGUUUUAGAUCAGCCUGAAGAAAGUAUCCAAGAAAUUAUUGAGGCAGAUCAAUCUCAAAGUACCGAACCCCAUCCCACAAAAAGUUUUACCAAGAAAAAUACACUGAAAAGGAAGAUCACUCGAGACAUUUCAAAAGAUGAAAUAAGUGAAAGAAUUGAAUCUCUAGAGAGCGUUGAAAGUGAAAUUGAUAAUAAAGGCUCAUCUCAUGAGGAAAACAAAUUUAUAUUGAAAAAGCAUCGCUCCAAAACUUAUAAGUUGAAGGUAAGUGUUCCCAAAAAAGAUAAGAGAAGAGACAAUAAAUCUGCACAUGACCCAAAUAGCGUUGGAAAUGAUUAUAGUACUUCUCCUGGGCUUCAGCAUAUGUGAAACGAAGAAAAAGAUGGAAUCAGGAAAACAAUCCAAUAUGUUGUAGAAAUGAGAAGAAAAAGCAGCUUGACUCAGAAUGGGUCCAAUGAUUCUUCUCCAGCUUUAAGGCAGCUUAGAACAGCAAGCAUUGGAGAUAGAGAAAGCCAAAUUUCUUUUUAUUCAUCAUCAGAAAACCAAAAAAAUCCAUUAGAAGAGCUUAUUCAAUAUAAGAAAUCAAAAAAUGAAGCUGCAAAUAUUUUGAAUGAGCAGGAAGGAAAAAGUUCUUCUGAUAGAUUGUCAGAAAACCUCUCAAUUCCAACAAAAUCGAUUGCUAGCUCUAUCAGAGAGGAGAAAACUGUUAAAUAUGAAAAUUCUUCAAGCAAACUUGAUGCUUCAAAAGAAUCAGAAAAGAGCAGAAUCGAUAUUAAAGAUACGUCUAAGCUAAAAGUACAUAGAAGAAAUUCAGCAGAAAUGAGUGAAUCUGAAAUUUCUAAAAAUAAAUUUUAUGAAGAAACAAAUAAAACAAAUGAAAGUGGGCUUUCUAACCAACAUGUUGUAAAUGAAAGUGAGGUGGAUACAUGAAACUAUAAAGAAAUCGAAGAAAAAAUCGAGAAUUAUAAGCAAGAAGUAAAAAGACAAAGGGUUCCUCAUAUUUCAAGAAAUUUUGUAAAUCCUAUCAAUCUUCCAAGAGCAUCGAGGGUCAAAAUGGAGCCAACUCAAGAAGAAGAAACAACUAGAGUCAGUGAAAGACGCAGUUCCAGGAAAUCUCCUUAUAGAAACAAAAGUUCUGAUUAUACCAAAAGAAAAAUAAUUCCCCUUAUAGGAUCAUAUUCCCAUCUACGGCAAGACGAAGCCCUACCUAAACUUACUCAAACAGAGAGAACCCAAACAGAGCAAAUCAAAGAAAAGCAGCCAGAUUUAUGGUUUACUGAGUUUUUAGGCUACAUAAAUCAUAAUGCAAUUUCUUUAAAUAUUCCUCAAAACUUGUUAACUACUAAAGAGAUUCCACAAGUUUCGAGUUCACUUUCUCAAACCACUUUAGUAACUUUACCCAGGAACACUUUGCAGAGUUCUAUGUCUGUAACUUCAUUAACUGGGGAUAGAAAUAGCAGAUAUUUCACUCUUAAUAGCAUGCUUCAUGAAAAAUCAAAAUCAAUUAUUUCUAAUUUAAUCAAAGAUAGACAAUUUUUAGAUGAAGGCUCCAGUUUUAAGUUUAAAGAACUCGAUUUGCCUGCAGUAGAUUUAUCUAAAAGAACAAAUGAUAAAAAUAUAAUUGAAGAAAUUAAGGAUUCCCCAAGUAAAAUGCAUUUUUCUUACUACUUAGAAAGAAUUGGAAACCCUUUUACGAAUUUUAUCAGUUAUGAGUUAAAUUCUGAAAUUCAGCCUUCUAAUCUAGUGUUUAUGGGAAAAAGAUUAGGCUUAAAAGUCAGCAUGGCUCAGUAUGAAUCAAUUGAAAGCGAUUUGCUAUGAAUUGUCCAUUUGCAGUUAGCAUACCCAGCUCCUGAUAAAACCAAUAAAUUGCCCGCUGUUAAGCUUUGUGCUUUGAAAGAUUUAAGAUUACGCUGGGUAUUUUAAGUCCCUGCUUCGUCCGACGAAGCAUUCUACGGUUUCCCGUAUGGUGGCAGAGCGUUCACCAAGCCCGGGCCGAAACCCCCGGUUUCUCGGUAGAGGUGAAGGUCAAGAGACGUGUCAUACCGUCUUUGCUGACCGCCUCCAUUUCCAACUUGGAUCGUCGCCUAAGUUUACAAAAAACUGCCGCGUCGUCCGCCAGAUCUGCCCAUUGAAGGGCACCUUUUAAACUGGAGAAACUCCCGUUUAGAUGUCUAGCUCGCCUUCCCCUCUUUCCGGUCAUCCCGAGAAAGAACUCAACAGCUUUCGCCAUUCGGGGCGAGCCACAAAAGCAGCUUAGGCAGGUAAGUCGCCCUGCCUCAUUUCGGGCACUCACUGGGCUGAGCGAUGCAGGCAAAAAGAAGUCACGAGUAACUGCCCAUGGGUUCGGUCACAAAAACAGCGGCCUCUGUGCUUAGACCUCUCGCUUCGAGGUCCCAAACGUUGCUGGGCCAACUCCUGGCUCCAAAAACCAUGCCCGGAUAUACAUGAGUAACCACCACUGAGAGGGUGGGUAGGUCGCCAUACGCCAUUUUAUGUAUAUCUUUGUGCUUUGAAAUUUGGUGAGCACCCAGGAGAUUCUUAUUUUCUCAUGCUUUUGCAGCACCAAAGAGCAAAGAGACUUGAAGAAUUGGCUAAAAUGCCUCCAGAAUUGCGAGUAGAAUCCACAUAUCAAUUAUCAUGGCUUCCUUUUAAAGAUCUCAAAGGAAACGAAUAUUUUUACAAUUUCCUGACACAUACAUUCUCUUACAGCAACCCAUACAGCAUAGGGUUUAAAUAUAAAGUAUUUUUGGAUUAUUAUAAGCUUCUAAAAGCAAUAGAGAAGGCUAGGAAAAAAUCUGUGCCCACCUUUGGGAUUGAUUCUUUGGUUGUAAGAUCAUCAUCUGUUGCAAAACUUUCCACAAAAAGAUCGAGACAUAGAAAAAAUUAUAUUCAAUCACUCAGUGGAUUUUAUGUUUAA